UCACAGGAAACGUGAACGGGUCGUGGCUCCACGGCCCCAGCCAGCUCCCCUCCUGUCACACACCUCACACUCAACAAUAAGCUACACAGAAGUUUCUAGUACCAGAGGACAGCGGCACCUAGGAGAAAGACAGGGACCUGCUGCCAGGGGGUUCUGAACAGCAUAAUCUAGCAGUUUGGAGAGCCUGCAGUGGUGGGCUCUGCACUGCACAGGGGAGCCACCAGCUGGGAGAGCCUGCAGUGGUGGGCUCUGCACUGCACAGGGGAGCCACCAGCUGGGAGAGCCUGCAGUGGUGGGCUCUGCACUGCACAGGGGAGCCACCAGCUGGGAGAGCCUGCAGUGGUGGGCUCAGAGGAGUCCUAGUGCCUCCCUGUGUGCAGGUGGAUUUUGUCCAGCACUGGAGUGACUCCUGCCCUAGGCAGCCUGCCGCAGCAGGAGGGGUGACACUGCAGACUCUGCACAGCGUCUGCCGAGCUCUGAGGAGCCCUGUAGCGUCUUCGUUGAGAUGAGAGUCAAAUUUCUCUCCCUGCUGCAGAAGCUCAGAGCUGUCUGCUGAGGCCCCGCAGGUGCCCGGGAAGGAUGGGAAGUUUGCCCAGCAGGAGCAAGCAGCUUGUCAUUCAGCCCAGCCCAGCUGCUGCCAUGCAGGCCACUGCCCCCGUGCAGACAGGUCUAAACAGCUAUGUGGCAGUUGCCUUGUGCUCUUUCCCCGCGGGGGGGCAGGCAGAGACCAUCCUGCGACCAGGCGAGCAGCUGAACGUCCUGUCCGAGGAUGGGGAAUGGUGGAACGUGGUGUCACUAGUCACCGGCAAGGAGUGUUCGGUCCCCAGCAGCCACGUGGCGAAGGUGUGGCACAGGUGGCUGUAUGAGGGCGUUAGCCGGGAGAAAGCCGAGGAGCUACUGCUUCUGCCAUGCAACCACAGCGGUUCCUUCCUGAUCCGAGAGAGCCAGACCAGGCAAGGCUGCUACUCCUUGUCAGUCAGGCGCACCAACCUCUCCUCCUGGGACUCCGUCAAACACUAUCGCAUCAACCGCCUGGAGAACGGCUGGCUUUACAUCGCCCCACGCCUCACCUUCCCCAGCCUGCAGGAGCUGGUGGACUAUUACUCUGAAAUCGGGGAUGGGUUGUGCUGCCUCCUCAAGGAGCCGUGCUUCAUCCAAGGAGCAGUUCAAGUCCCAGCCCAGAACCUGGCCCUGCCUGUGGUUGUCAAGAAAUCGUCUCUCAACUGGCAGGAGCUUGACAGCUCGGCCCUGUUUUCAGAGGCUCCAGCCCCAGCAGGGGAGUCCCCUGUCAGCCUGGGCCUGCGAGAAGCCAUCAGCUCCUACCUCUUUCUGACGGAAGAGCUGCCCCCGGAGAAGGGCGAGAAGGGCCGUCUGUGGAAGUGCGCCUGAGGGUGCCAGGCCAGCACAUGGCGCCAGAAACGGCGGGGCUGCAGUCUCAGCCAACCAAGCUGCUUCCCCAGCCCCUGAACUUUUACCCUCCACCCACCACACGCACCAUAUAAAUGAUUGGCCUGAUGCCAAGUAAUUUAUUGCAGCAGUGCUGCUCUGAGCUGUCCCCCCCCAGCUGGCCUUGUCUCAUGUUUGAACCCAGCUGGUUGGGUGGGGUGCUCUGAGUGCUUUGGACCUGACUCGGGCCCAUCUGGGUCUGGAUUCACUGCUCACCACAAGGAACCCAGCGCCUGCUGCUCAGAGUCACUCUCACCUCCAGUGCUGGCAGCUUUGGCUGAGUAAGCUGCUGCCUGGGAAUCCCAGCACACAAGCAGCCUCUGAGGACACCUUACUGGGCCCAGUGGCCAGAAGGAAAGGACUUGCUGGAAAGAGGGGUUUGGGAUGAAUUAUAAUGUACAGAGGCCCUGUUAUGUGCUGUGUGUAAGAGAGUUCGAUGCCAGUGCAUGUGACACUCUGACUGACUGGCCUUGCCUAACACUGAAUACAACAGACAGAGACGGGGCAGAAUCAGCCUGCGCCCCUCAGUCCAGACCUGCGUGCUCCAGCCAUAGCGCUGCCAACUCCAGGCCCCUCCGAGCACCAGCACCGGCCUGAGAGCUGGGGCCAUCGCCAACUGCAGGCUCCCGUGUUUGACAUCAGCCUAUCAUCAUGGGCCUGCAGCAGAGAAAGCUGAGUGCCUCUCCACACAUGCUGCAAAGACAAACUUGCCUAAAGCCAGGCCAUGCAACCCAGUAAGACACUGGCCCAGCCAAAGUGGUUCAUAAAGGGGCCAUGACCUGAGGCCAGGAAAUGGCUUCCAACUACUGGGCUGUAGCUGUCAGCUGAAAUAAAAUGCAAAUAUUGAAUAACUGAGCUGUGUCCUGUGGCAAUGGCACCAGCACGCCCCUCUACCUAACAGGUCAUGGCCCCAGGACAGGACUUUCAUGCAGUUUAGCUCAUAUAAUGUAUCCAAUAUGCUGUGCAGAGGCUGCGUUUCCAGAUUUCAUGCAAAAUCGGCAUGUAAAAAUUUGGCCUAUUAAAGUGGCUGAGGUUUGGGCCAGGUGCUCUAGGGGUUGUGCAAAGCACUCGCUCCCGACUCCCAGCAAGGGAGAGGGUGAGUCCAAGGCCUUUGCCAGAUGGCUGUCGGGGAGUUGGUCUCGCCUUCACAGCUUCCCUAGACCCCUCUCAGUCUCCUGGGCUUUUCCUGCCAGGCUGGGACAAAAGAAAAUCCAACAGAGUUCUGAGACUAACAAAUUUAGCAUCAAGAAUUGAGAAAACAGUAUUAGGCACGUCAUGGGUGCUCCCUUAAACCAGGUAUGCCUCCAGCUUUUUGCUCCUACCUCAGCCAGUGCUGCUUCCCCCAUACUGGGGCUUACGGAGCUCUCUUCAGGCUGGACGCUGAGCCGGCUCACAGUGUCAUGCCCUUGGGUGCAAUUAGGGCUACCAACCCUCCCGGCUUGGCUGGGAGUCUCCAAGCAUCAGAAUCACUCUCCUGGUGGCUACUGACACCAAUCUGGGAGAUUCUAAUAGGCUGCUAAAAGUACGGUCAGCAGCACAGCGGGGUUAAGGCAGGCUCCCUGCCUGCCCUGGCUCCGCACAGAUCCCAGAAGUGGCCGGGGGUGUGCGUCUCCAUGCAUGGUUGGACAGGCCGGCUGCGUCUGGGAGCUGCCCAAAGCACCACCUGGUCGGAGCCUGCAUUCCUCACCCUC